AAUCCAAUUUAAUGGCUUGCUCAUGCAAGCAUUAUAACUCAGGCGCAAGACCGUCCUCAGGUGCGGAUCCCCAAAUCACUUUCUGCUAUGCCUCCCGCCCGUGUAAAGAAGGACGGCUCAGCAUCUCCCACUGAAGAAGACAGGCCUGACGAUGCCCUGAGGGACAGCAACGGCGACAAGCCAAAAAGGAAACGCCAGUCUCAAUCUUGCGAUGCAUGCAGGGCACGCAAGGUAAAAUGCACACGAGAAGGGUUGAGUCGGGAUGGCUCUGAGGACCAACACACGUCAUGCAAGCAUUGCAUCGCUCUUGGAAUUAAGUGCACUUAUGAAUACCAACCCAAAAAACGUGGUCCGCCAAAUCUCUACCUGCGGCGCUUGCAGGAGGCAGCCGCUGCUUUGCAGGCACAACAAAGUCAACAUAUCCCACAAACACCUCCUGCCACUACCCCUCUGUCGCCAUUUUCGCUGGAUGUCAACGGAGUCUCGCAUUCUACGCUGUCAAGAAAUUCUGUGGCUGGUGUUUCUGCUUUAAACACAACUGCAAGCUCCUCCAACGGUUACAUCGAUCACUCUCUGCAUAAUCUACUGCCAGGCUCGUAUUCGGCAGCGGCUGACAAUUAUAAUUAUGGAGUCGAUUCAUCGAACGCCGCUUUGUCUGUAGUCCGACCAAGCUCGUCAUCAGGUCGUUCUGAUCGAAAUAUGACAGCAUCUCCGAUGCAAACCUCUCAAUCUCUCCGGUACGCCUCCCCUGGUAACUUCCACCAUUCAGCACCUCAAGUCACGUCCUGGGGAAUACCCUCUCCAUCCCCCUCUGUGUCUACGGUCUCACUCUCUCCAUCUCCAUGCCAGCUCCUGCGUACCUAUCCCCCACUGGACCAUUUUACAACCCUGCGACAUUCUCUAGAUCACCUGCCCGUUUCACGCGAGCGAAUCAUGGAAAUUCUCCAGCUAUUUUUCUCAUAUGUGUACCCGCUUACCCCUUGCAUUCACAAGCCCACAUUUAUGGCUGAUAUUGCGACCCACCGUGAAGAGACAGACCCGCUGUUCUUUGCUCUCAUUCUCAGUACCGUUGCCAGUACGCUCGUUCAGGUUCCAAGAAGUUAUCUUCCAUUUUUCGAUAGGCCCACAGUGCGAAAAUUGGCAUUGUAUUGUUCGGAGGCCAGUCGUCUUAUUACGGUCGCCGGCUACGAUAACCCCUGUAGUAUGCAGGUCGUUAUUCGCUACUUCGAUAUGGUGUACCAUUUUUGCGAGGGCAACGAUGCUACCUCGCACGCAUGCUUUGGAGAGGCUGCGCACAUCGCUGUAACAUUGCACAUGCAUGAAGAAGCCUCGUACGAGAAUCUUGAUCCCAUCGAAGCUGAGAUUCGUCGCAGAGUGUUCUGGCUGCUGUUUGGGGCGGAUAAAUCAAUGGCGAUUCUUCUGGGUCGGCCUAUUUGUCUAAGAGAUGAGGAUUGUACAGUUCAUUUCCCAAAGGACGUGGAUGAUGAAUAUAUCACUUUUGCUGGAGUUCAGGAACAGCCUCGAGGCACGACCGCCAUUGUGUCUGGGCUUAACUACAUCACACGCAUAUUUGCUUUACUGGGAGAAAUCCUCGUUCGAAUCAGAGUCGACAAGCGUGCCCCCCCUCGUGGAAGUCUCGCAACCGACAGACUCGCUGAGAUCCGGGCAUUACACACCCGAAUUAUCAAUGCUCUGGCUCACGCGCCAGGGCCGCUCAAGCUAAAGACUCGAAACGCUGUUGACCCCGCCAAAGGAUCCGGAGUGCAUUUGCCUGGCACUAGUACUGCGGAUUAUGGUGGCCUUGGUAGUCGUCAUGCCACUUUCGUGGAAGUGCGCAAUUUUUUCCAUGAUCCCCACGCCAGUCGAGAGAAUGCAGGGAAUGCAUACUUGGUUAUGCAGGCCAACCUAUACGUUACCCAGCAACUCGUUCGAUUUGUCAUUGAACAGUAUCGUGACGAGCUCAUUACCAUGAUACGCUUGCAGGCUGGACCGAAUGUUGAUACCUCAGAGCUUAUGCGUGGGUGGCACAUGGAUGACCGAGAAGCUGUGGCGAGCGAUUUGCUUAAUGUUCUCCAUUCGAUUCCGAUCCAAGCCAUUGCAACCAAUGGACCUUCGUUAGUGCACAAAGUCCGAUUUGUGGCAAGCACUCUGCUAGAUGCAGUACGGAAGGUAGAAACUGCCCCGGCUUCUGCGGCCCGUGCUAAUGCAUAUCUAUGGGACUUCCUGUCUAUCCUUUCAGAAAUAGAACGCAAUUAUCUACUGGAUGACGAGCGUGAUGAGAGUAGUGGCCCAGCCAAUGCUAUGGUCACCUAGUUUUGCAGUGCUGCAUUCAUUGCCGGGUUAUAUGUUUCCAACCUCGAAGUUCUUCCCACGUUUGUGGUUGGGCUAAUGAGCCCCUCGAAAUUUGUGAUGCUAUUAUUUUUAUCGGUGACACCGUUUUACUCCAUCCUCCUUUGGUUAAAUUAG